GCAUUUAUUUUUGUUCCGAGUACCAUAAGGGCCAGUUUACCUGAAACCAAAUCCUGGACUAAAAAGCAUGCUCAAUGGACAAUCUCCAUUGAAAUCUUUUUUUUAGUCCACGACUACUAAACUUCAACUGUGACCGUUAAAAACGGUUUUUAUUUUACCAGUAUAUUAUGUUGUUUUGGAUAGUCUCAUUGGUUGGCCUGUCAUGUAGCAUACAACUGCAGAUUUUGCUUCAGCUAUUUCUUUCGAGAAUCAGUCUUGUGGUCAUUGGUGCAACAAGUGAAAUCGGUUCUGUAUUAGAGCAGUUAACGUGUCGUGUUUAUUGGCACAAUUUUUUUGGUUGUAAAUGUUGACGGGACCCGUAGCCCUAUGUAUAACCUAGGUUGUUGCAACAUUGGUUCGAAGAUAGCUGCAAUAAUCUCAAAUAAACAACACUUGGUUGAAAUUUGAGCAGUAUACAUUUGAUAUGUAUCACCUCAGGGAAAUAAGAUAAGAUUGGAGCAGUCAGAACAAUAUGUUCACUAGCAAAUGUUAAUUUGGGAAAAUAUCUUGAACAAAUGGUAGCCUAUAGUAAAAAAAAAUUAAAAAUAAACUAUCCUAUGGACUGGACUGACAUGACCCUUCUGACAAAUGUCCCUACGCCUUCCGUCAGCUUGAGCUACCAUACAGACGUCAGUGACUGUAUGCUACCGUGAAGAUGGCGGAGGCUGCGGCGGCACCACAAAACCGUUUUUUCUGUCACUGUUGUAAAGGUGAAAUCGACCCUAAACUCCCGGAAUUCACAUGCCCCAGGUGUGAGUCCGAUUUCAUUGAGGAGGUGACAGAAGACUCCAGUCUCUUGGAGAACAGCAGCACUGCAGAGGCCAAUGAUGAUGCAGGCACACUCUUUUCAGAGCUGUGGCAGCUGUUGUUUAUGGAACACUCUGCUCUUCUCUCGGACCCCUCCACCUCUGAGUCUGAGUCUGACCAGAGCCAUCUACAGGCUGCCGCAGUGGAGGGAGACGUAGAGGGCCCUUCUGAAGUGCCUGUGGCCUCUGUGGGAGGCACAGAUCCUUUAGUGCCUGAACCUGAACGCCCCUCUCGUCCUCCUAGCCAGGGGAGGCGACAGUCCCACACGCCAGCAGUGGAGGGUAUUGUGCAGCAGUUUUUGGCUGGUCUGUUUGCCAACAAUGGAAAUCCAGGCAUCGCACCAGCUGCACUGUCUGGCAUGCUCCAUUCAAAUCCAGGGGACUAUGCCUGGGGUCAGGGAGGUCUAGACGCAGUUAUCACAGAGUUGUUAGGUCAGUUUGAGGGCACAGGUCCACCUCCUGCAGAGAAGGAGAUGAUCUCAUCCCUCCCCACAGUCAACGUCUCUCAAGAACAGACAGAUAGCAGACUGGAGUGUCCAGUAUGUAGGGAGGAGUACUCCAUGGGAGAGUCUGUCAAACAGCUGCCCUGCCUCCAUUAUUUCCACAGUGACUGCAUAGUGCCAUGGCUUGAACUGCACGAUACCUGUCCUGUGUGUCGUAAAAGUCUUGACGGCGUCGACCAGAGCAUCCAGCCCCCACCAGAACCCCCAGAGACCCUCUCCAUCAGGACAGACCCUCAGGAGGAGAGACAGGCUAUUUGAGGAUUAGGCCUCCCUGUCUGGCAUCUCUUCUUCCCUUUACUCCUGAACGAGGCUCAUCUCUAUCCUCAUGCCUCGUCUUUGACCAUGCGUUUAUUGAAGAGACAUAUUUCAAUUCAACUGUGCCUCAUUGUCAAAAUUCAACUCUCCUCAAAAAUUCACUUCACAAUGCAUUUACUAGGGAACUUUGUUUGACGUUAGAAAGUUCCAAUAUGCCUGCAGUAUCACCUCACCAGCAAAUGGUUCCAACUGUUUUCUGACAAAAUGUUAUGGAUUCGAUUUGUCCCUUCGUAGUGGUAUUUCCCCCAGUGUUCUGAUUGGCUCUCAUUUUGUAUUCAAACCACAUGAACUGACAUCCUUGAGCCACAGAGAAGUGACAAAUGUGAUGAAAUUAGAUAAAUUGGGGGAAAUCCUGAAAGGUGAGCUGAACUCAUUCUCUGGGUUAGAUCAUUUGCCCACUGUUCUCGCCGACAUCUUUGGUUGCAUCCCAAUAAUCUCUCCUUUCUCCUGAAGGGUACACUUGUUCACUUCAUGGAUUUGAAAGGAAAUGACUGGCAUAUGGAAGCUCCUUCCAGUCCACCAUGCAUGCUACACCAAUCCAAUGCUUUCACAUUUGUGGGGACUAGUGAAUGAGUGCACACUUCCGUAGGAAGCAAUUCAAAUUCUCCCAUCUCCCGCUUCCUCUUAAUCUCACAUAGCAGUAUUUGUUAAUAAUGUCCACCUCUCUUUAUGGCCCCUAUUAAACCCUAAUACUUUGUCCUUUACACUAUCCACCUCCUUCAUGUUCUAACUUUAUGCACUUUUCUAAUGCAUUAGUAUUUUGCCUCUUUCAAUCAUUCUGUUUUUAAUACGUACAAGUCACAGCAAAAUAAUAAAUAUGUUUUUAGUAUUUGACAUAUUAUGAUGGGCCUAUAUAUGUAUUGGUAUGUAUAUAUGAUAUAUGUAUAUAUGUGUAUAUACAUGUAGAGUACCAGUCAAAAGUUUGGACACACCAACUCAUUUAAGGGUUUUUCUUUAUUUGGACUAUUUUCUACAUUUUAGAAUAAAAGUGAAGACAUCAAAACUAUGAAAUAACACAUAUGUAAUUAUGUAGUAACCAAGAAGUGUUAAACAAAUCCAAAUAUAUUUUAGAUUUGACAUUCUUCAACGUAGCCACCCUUUGCCUUGAUGACAGCUUUGCACACUCUUGGCAUUCUCUCAACCAGCUUCACAAGGUAGUCACCUGGAAUGCAUUUCAAUUAACAGGCGUGCCUUGUUAAUUUGUGGGACCUUUUUUCCUUCUAAAUUGGUGUUUAAGCCAAUCAGUUGUGUUGUGACAAGGUAGGGGUGGUAUACAGAAGAUAGCCCUAUUUGGUAAAAGACCAAGUCCAUAUUAUGGCAAGAACAGCUCAAAUAAACUAAGAGAAACGACAGUCCAUCAGUCCAACUUUGAAAGUUUCAAAAGCUCCAAGUGCAGUCACAAAAACUAUCAAGCGCUAUGAUGAAACUGGCUCUCAUGAGGACCACCACAGGAAAGGAAAACCCAGAGUUACCUCUGCUGCAGAGGAUAAGUUCAUUAGAGUUACCAGCCUCAGAAAUGGCAGCUCAAAUAAAUGUUUCACAGAGUUCAAGUAUCAGACACAUCUAAACAUCAACUGUUCAGAGGAAACUGCGUUAAUCAAGCCUUCAUGGUUGAAUUGCUGCAAAGAAACCACUAAUAAAGGACACCAAUAAGAAGAAAAGACUUGCUUGGGCCAAGAAACACAAGCAAUGGACAUUAAACUGGUGGAAAUCUGUCCUUGGUCUGAUGAGUUCAAAUUUGAAAUGAUUGGAUCCAACCGCCAUGUCUUUGUGAAACGCAGAGUAGGUGAAUGGAUGAUCCCUGCAUGUGUGGUUCCCACCGUGAAGCAUGGAGGAGGAGGUGUGAUGGUGUGGGGCUGCUUUGCUGGUGACACUGCCUGUGAUUUAUUUAGAAUUCAAUGCACACUUAACCACCAUGGCUUCCACAGCAUUCUGCAGCGAUACACCAUCCUAUCUUGUUUUCACUUAGUUGGACUAUCAUUUGUUUUUCAACAGGACAAUGACCCAACACACCUCCAGGUUGUGUAAGGGCUAUUUGACCAAGAAGAAGAGUGAUGGAGUGCUGCAUCAGAUGACCUGGCCUCCACAAUCACCUGAUUGAUCACCAAUUGAGAUGGUUUGGGAUGAGUUGGACCACAGAGUGAAGGUAAAGCAUCCAACAAGUGCUCAGCAUAUGUGGGAACUCCUUCAAGACUGUUGGAAAAUCAUUCCAUGUGAAGCUGGUUGAGAUAAUGCCAAGAGUGUACAAAGCUGUCAUCAAGGCAAAGGGUGGCAACUUUGAAGAAUCUAAAAUAUAUUUUGCUUUGUUUAACACGUGUUUGGUUACUACAUGAUUCCAUGUGUUAUUUCAUAGUUUGGAUGUCUUUACUAUUAUUUUACAAUGUAGAAAAUAGUAAAUAAUAAAGAAAACUCUUGAAUGAGUAGGUGUGUCCAAACUUUUGACUGGUACUGUAUAUGUUUGUUAACGAAUACAUCCGACUGGCAAUGAGGAGAUAAGAUUGAAGAUAAUAAAAAUGGUCAAAUUCAUAAA